AUGCGGAUAUGGCCGCAGGAACAGGAGGAGGCAAUCCACCUAGCCGACGACACCACUGCCACCACGCCCGGCCGCGUCAAACUCCGCCUCCGAAUCGCCGGCCGUCAACUCGAACACACUUUCCAGAUCCUUCCGUCCUUAGACAGCCCGAUGCUCAUAGGAACCGACCUAUGGGCCCGACUACAGAUCACUAUACCCCCGCCACCUCUCCAGCUCCGAAAAACGCCACCCGCGGCGUACUCAGUGACCCCGGGCAUGGUAAGACGAACCGCACAAGAGGAGCGGGAGCUCCAAGCCUUCCUGGCCAUGGAGUUGGCCAAGUUCGAGGAAGUGCGAGGGCCGACCAACCAGGCCAGCCACCAGAUCCGGCUAAAAACAGACGUACCGAUCAAACAACGGUACCGACCGCGCAACCCGGCGAUGCAAAGCAUCAUCGAUGAGGAGGUCCGCAAAAUGGAAGAAGCCGGUAUUAUCGAGCCAUCAACCAGCGCAUGGAGCUCCCCGGUAGUUAUAGUGAGGAAAAAGGACGGAAAACACCGUUUUUGUAUUGACUUCCGGAAGGUAAACGAAGUCACCGAGCGGGAUGCGUACCCGCUACCGCAAAUCCCCGCCACACUAGACAAGCUGCGCGGGGGCCGAUACCUCACUACGCUCGACCUACAGCAAGGAUAUUGGCAGAUUCCACUCACGCCCGAUAGCCGGCCAAUCACCGCCUUCACCGUUCCGGGCCGGGGCCUAAUGCAGUUCACCGUCAUGCCUUUCGGACUGCAUUCGGCUCCGGCGACGUUCCAACGUUUGCUCGACCGAAUACUAGGUCCAGAAUUAGAACCGCACGUAUUCGUCUACUUGGACGACAUCUUCGUGACCAGCGCCACGUUCUCCGACCAUCUGCAGCACCUGCGGGAAGUUUUUCGGCGACUACGCCAAGCCAAGCUCCGGUUAAAUCCGGAGAAAUGCCAGUUCUGCCUUAACAAACUUAAAUACCUGGGCCACAUCGUGGAUGGCCAGGGGAUCCGCACCGACCCCGACAAGGUUCGCGCCGUCGCACAGUGGCCAACCCCGACAAACGUACGACAAGUCCGACAAUUCGUAGGACUCGCGUCAUGGUACCGCCGCUUCACACCUAGCUUUUCCGAGACCGCCGCGCCACUCACCCGCCUCACGCGAAAGAACGCCCGAUGGACGUGGGGACCCGACGAGGAGGCCGCUUUUCGCGAGCUCAAGCGCGCACUAACCUCCGCACCCACCCUCGCGUGCCCCGAUUUCUCGCGCCGGUUUGUCCUCCAGACAGACGCCAGCACGUACGGUCUUGGCGCCGUCCUCUCGCAGCAUUUUGACGAGGGGGAGCGCGUCAUCGCGUACGCCAGCCGGUCGCUCAACGGCGCGGAGAAGAACUACAGUGCCACCGAGCUCGAGUGCCUGGCCGUGGUGUGGGGCAUCCGGCAUACGAGGUGUGUUCAAAAAGUGCACGACCACCCUGCCGCCGGACACCUCGGCAUCGCCAAAACCAUUGCCCGAGCCGCGGAACGUUACUACUGGCCGGGAAUGUUCUCCGAUAUCGCGCGUCACGUACGGGCGUGCGCCAAUUGCCAGGCGCACAAGAGUGCCCGACCGGCCGGACUGAUGCACGCAACCCACGUGGAGGCGCCUUGGGAACAGGUCACCACCGAUCUGGUAGGACCCCGCCCACGGUCCACCAACGGAGCCGCUUGGCUGCUGGUCUUGCAAGACCGCUUCACCAAGUGGGUGGAGCUGGUGCCGCUGCGGCGAGCAACCGCCACCGCCAUCGCCCAGAACAUCACGGACCGCGUCGUCUACCGCCACGGUUGCCCCGAGAUCCUAAUCUCCGACAACGGGACACAAUUCGUGGCGGGGCACGUGCGCGAACGGCUACGCGACCUGGGCAUCCGCCACCGGACGGCUCCAGUACACGGCCCUCACUGCAACCCCGUCGAGAGGACCAACAAGACGGUCAAAACCAUGAUCGCGCAAUUCAUGGGCCGGGAUCACCGCCGCUGGGAUCAGCACAUCACGGCACUGCAAUUUGCGUAUAACACCGCCGUCCACGACGCCACCGGCUACACACCCGCUUACCUGAACUACGGGCGAGAGCUCGAGACGCCACCACGGGACACUGACGGGAGACCCGCACCGACGGCCGCUCCAGCCACCAACCAGCGACGACUCCAGGAGGCCUACGAGGUAGUCCGAACAAACCUCGCCCGAGCCUUCCACCGCCAAGAACGAUAUUACAAUUUAAGGAGACGGGCGUGGAAACCCGCCAUAGGGGACCUAGUCUGGAAAAAGGACCAUCCCCUCUCGAACAAGGGCAAAUCCUUCAAUUCAAAGUUGGCACCCAAGUACAUCGGGCCAUUGGAGGUCCGAAAAAUCCAUUCUCCAGUCGUCGUCGAUCUGCGGGACAAGCACGGUAAGUGGCAUCGUCACAUACAUGUGCAGGACCUUAAGCCGGGUCAUCGGCACGAACAGACCCGAGGAACAGACAACGCAGAGACGGACCGUGAGGAAGCAGACGACGCGGAAGCAGACGACGCGACCGCAGACGACGCCGAGGGAGACGCCAUGACGGACAAUGGCGGGACCGAUGAAUCCGGAGCAGACGACGCCGACGAUGAUGCUGCAAAACCGAACGUCGACCCGUCCAUCCGCAGGGCUCGUGCCGAUCACGCCCGGACGGCAUGA